UGCAGCACUCAUUGAUGUAGCUGGCUAUUGCGUCAAAUACUUAAAUUGUCUACUAUUUUGCUAAUAUUGUUUCACGUUUUUCGGAAUUUUAUCAUGUCAUUACUGGAGAACGUUGUACGCAGAAAUGCGGAGAACACUGAACGCAUCAUGAGAAAUGCAAUUGGAUAUGUGGUGUCAAAUAACGCUCUUGGAAGUGUAGUGCAGUCGACAUUCGACAACAGUACUUCUACUGGCAUUGCAAAAUUGAUUAGUGGAAUACUGGUGCCAACUGCGCGCAGCGCAGUACGCGACUUAGAUACCACUAAUGACCUGGCCUUUUUGCGUAUUGCCACGCGAAAAUUUGAAUAUCUAGUGGCGCCGGAAAAAGAAUUCACGAUUGUUGUGGUGCAGUAGCAUCCCAAAAUGAUCAUAUUUUUAUAUGUUUAUUAUGGAUUGACAUAGCAAACUAUUACAAAAAUUCUAAAUUUAAAUUCAUAAUUGUAUUCUGUCUUGCGCAUU